CUGUUCAAAAGAGACAAGGUCUCAACUACAGUUAGCACCCUUUCCCUAUGUUAGUCUACUAGAAUAUCCAUUCCUACAACUUUAUCCUUAGCCAAGUUAUUCUGACAUUUUACAUUUACAAGUGGAAGACUGAAUGCUUUCAGCAGUCACCUUUCCUGGGAGUUGUCGACCAUCGUACUUUGGAAAAUGGCAUAAUUCCAUAGGAUUGCCACAUUUUACGACUAUACAUGUUUUGGAUGUAUAUCAUGGGAAGUUUUCUGGAACACUUUGAGAGAGAUAUUUGAAGAAUUAAGAUCUUUUGCUUUCAGUGCGAACAGAGAAUACAAGUAGCAAAGGAGGACACAGCAGCCGAGGUUAUUGCAACCUGCUUCUUUAAAGGAUACCCUGGCUGAAAGGAUUUUUAAGGGUCAAUUCUCUUCAAUACCUGCAUCUUAAAAAAUAGUAAGGACUGGAAUUCUGGAAGAGGGAACAGCCGCUGGUUAAAUUACUUUACAAUUCAAGGGAAAGGCAGAGGACAGGUCAAUGACCAAGGAAAGACGAUCUACUGAAGACGGAUUUUUUUCAUUAUGUUGUUCGUGAGUACCCAGAACACUGCACUAUAAUGCACAGAUGGAUAUUGACAUGGAUCCUGCCAACUUUGCUCUACAGAUCAUACUUUUACAUUAUCUUCCUCAUGGGCGCUAUAUCGUUAGCUUGCAAUGAGAUGACCCCAGAGCAAAUGGCUACAAAUGCAAACUGUUCUUCCCCUGAGCGACAUACCAGAAGUUAUGAUUACAUGGAAGGGGGGAAUGUAAGAGUAAGAAGACUUUUCUGUCGAACUCAGUGGUAUAUCAAGAUUGAUAAGAGAGGCAAGAUAAAAGGAGUAUUGGAGCGUAACAGCAACUACAGUAUUCUCGAAAUAAGAACAGUGGCAAUUGGAAUAGUGGCAAUCAAAGGAGUGGCAAGUGAAUACUUUCUAGCCAUGAACAAGUCCGGAAAACUCUAUGGAAAGAAAGUAUGCAAUGAGGACUGCAAUUUCAUAGAAUGGAUUCAAGAAAAUCAUUAUAAUACAUAUGCUUCAGCAAACUGGACACACAAAGGGAAGGAGAUGUAUAUUGCAUUGAAACAAAAUGGCGCCCCCAAGAGAGGUCAGAAAACAAGUAAAGAAGAUAUAUCUUCCCAAUUCCUUCCACGGCCAGCACCCUAAAUCACAUAGCUAUGGAGAACCAGUUCCAGCAAAACGUUUAAUUUCAUAAGGGAACUGUUUGAAAGUGCAAGGAAGAGAAGCUGGAAUACUACUGAAAAACUGAACAAGCUGGACUUGCGCAUUUAUGUUUAUUUUUAAGAGACUGCCUUUUUAAAAAAAUGAAGAUUCACUACAUCUGAUUUAGUAACUAAAAGUUGUAAAAAAUUGUAAAGAGUUGUACAAUCCUCAUGUUAGUAUAAGAGUAGCUUUGCAGAUUGUUAAGUUAAAUUUACCCUUAUGCGUUAAGUCAUGACUUGAUUAUCUGAUGAUAUUUUAUUUAAAAUAAACCUAUCUGCUUAAUUAAACAUGGCUGCUAUAAUAAAAAUGAUGAUAAUAAAGCAGAUGAAAAUGUUAUGUAAAAUAUGUUGGACUUGAUGGCUGCUGGAAUGAGUCUUCAGAUGAUCAAGUCAGUACUAAGCAUGGAGGUGGAGCAGUAUGGAAUACUUUCCAGGAAAAAUGUGUAAGUUUUAAAGUAAUUUGAAAUUGGAUUUCUGUGGUAUUCAGACAAUAAAGCUAGUAUGGAAGAUGAAGGUUGCACCACUGCAAUGUAUUCAUAUGUAUUAGUAAGAAUGCCUAACGCUGCUCUGAAAGAUGUUACAAAAAUAGUGUAUAUGAAAUAAUAUUAAUAAGGGAAAUGUAUUUCAUCUCACUUUCCUCAAAAUAUCCUUUUCUAUAACGAUGAAGUAAAAAUUCAGACAUCAUAUGGGUUUUUAUGUAACAUAACCUAUCUUUUUAUAUAAUUUCUGUUAGGGUAUAUGGCUUGAUUUUUUUUUCACCUAUUCAUGCUUCUUCUGUUGUUAAAGCAUUAAACUUUAUUUUAAGUUAUAGUUGAACUUUAUUAAGUUAUUUAAGUUGAUGUUAUUUAUAAAAAAAAACUUAUUAAGCUGCGUCUGUUUCAUAUGCUUUUAAUUCUAAAGAAGUAACAAAACAGUCUGUCUGAGCCACCUUCCUCCCCCCUCCAACCUUUCUAUGACCAGACACAAAGUCUAGUACAUAAUACUCUUGCCAAUGUGCACUGGAUGGCAGAAAAAAAGAAGACAGCCUGCAGCCGUUCUUACGAUGGAAGUCUCUUUUUUUUAUAAUUAUUUAUUAAAUUUUCCAAAAUAAACACAUUUAAAACAUUAUACAAGACAAACAAACACAUAAACAAACAUUCAAAAAUACAAACAUCCCCAAAAAACAUGCUCCGCCGAGCUUGACUUCCCUCCCUCCCCUCAAAAGGUUUUCUAAUCAGUUCUUAUCUCGCAGUUCCUUUGUAUCUAAUCUUUAGGGUCAAUUCGUAGGAUUUAUUUCACGCCUGCAAGUGUCUUUAAACCUUUACAGUUCAUUUCCAUAUAGUCCACAAAUUUACUCCAAUCCCUUAGAAACCUUGUCUCCCUCUGGUUUCGAAUCCUGCUAGUCAGUCUCGCUAAUUCUGCAUAUUCAAUCAUCUUUGUCUGCCAGUCUCCAAUUGUCGGUAAGUCCUGGGUUUUCCAUUUUUGGGCUAAUAAUGUCCUCGCCGCGGUUGUCGCAUCUAAGAAAAGGGUACUAUCCUCCCUAGUUAUCUCUUGGCCUAUCAGUCCUAACAGAAAGGCCUCUGGUCUUUUGGGAAAAGUAUAUUUAAAUAUCUUUUUCAGUUCGUUAUAUAUCAUUUCCCAAUAUCCUUUAACCUUUUCACAUUUCCACCACAUAUGAUAAAAGUCCCCUUCCUUUUCAUUACAUUUCCAGCACAUUCUGUUACUCAUUCUAUACAUUUUCGCUAAUUUCACUGGAGUUAAGUGCCAUCUAUACAUCAUCUUCCAAACAUUCUCUUUCAAAGCAGUACAUGCUGUAAAUUUUAUUGUUUGGUUCCAUAAUUUCAACCACAGCAAAAAACCGGGGUGCAGGAGAGCACGCUGGAUGCCGCUGGGUGCCACGACCCCCAGGGUAACCCCCCCUAGGGUUUAGGAGGAUCGCAGAGCCUUUGCAAUGCCUCCGUGUGCCCCCCAAAAGCUCAGGACUCCCCGAGGGGUUGUCCUGCGCUCCCUUUAAGAUGUCCGCGGGAACCGGAAGCCCUUACGAUGGAAGUCUCAAAUAGAACAACCCCAAAAUGCAAAAAAAAAACCACCUAAAGCCAUAGGGCUAUGCACACGGGGCUCUAUUACAAGAUUGGACAAGAAACUUUUUGGAAAAUGCUCUGCUUGCUGACUGACUCCGCCUCAUUAACUAAGUGAUAUGAUUGUUGCUUUUACAACUGAGCUUUGGGAGCAUAGCCUGGCAGCUGUGCAAAGUGUCAGGGAUGUCGGGGAAGAGCUGGAGUUAGUUGUAGCAUGGUUACCAGGGGGAGGAGAUAUUACCCAAGAGGGGGAGGGGAGCAGUGAAGGAGAGCGGGAAGGAGAACAACAGGAAGGACCCGGAUGUUCGCACGUAAUGCAAGGGUUAAGUUUGAGCUCAGCCCCGGAGGAGGGGAAAUACAAGAAAGCCCUUGUGAGGAGAUUAGAGAAACGAAAGGGAAAGCGGGAAAAAGAGCGCGUUCGCCAUUUUGAGAAGGAUUGGUCACGGAGAAGCAGAGCUCAAAAGGUAUCAGCGAUUCUGAGGACUGAUAGUCCAAGUUAAGAACUGUUGUUAUUUUGAAAU